AUUCAAAAUCCGGUCUCUUUGGGAUGUGUAGUUUAUUCCAAUAUUGUUAAAUCGUCAGGGGUAGAACUGGAAAUUCUGUGAAACCCAGAUUGUCUUCUUGCUCCACUGUUACAGUGUUAAUAAUGGAAAACCCUAGAAUUAAGUCAUUUCCGCUUAAACCCUGAACUCGCUUCUCUCAAUUCAGGGACUGUUGUGUGAAACCAUGUUUCUCACGCGAUUUCUCGGGAGGAGAUUCUUGGCGGCUGCAUCCACGACCACGAGAUCAGAGUCAACUUCUGCAGCAGCUGCCUCAUCGAUUCCAACAGCCAAAAACCCUCUCGAAGAGUUCUUCGAAUUCGACAGAAGCCAAGACGAAGACAAACCUGUUGUCUACGGCCGAGGUUGGAAAGCUUCAGAAUUGCGUCUCAAGUCAUGGGAUGAUCUUCAGAAGCUGUGGUAUGUUCUUUUGAAAGAGAAGAACAUGUUGAUGACUCAGCGUCAGAUGCUCCAAGCUCAGAACAUGCAGUUUCCAAACCCUGAACGCAUUCCCAAGGUGAGGAGAUCAAUGUGCCGCAUAAAGCAUGUACUGACAGAGAGAGCAAUUGAAGAACCGGAUCCCAGAAGAUUAGCCGAGAUGAAAAGAAUAAUAAAUGCUAUGUGAAUGUGACUCGAGCCGAUUCGCAGAGGCUUUGGUACACUAAUAAGUAACGUUUAGUGUUGAAGAGGCUGAAGAAGAUUUGGCCUUUGUUCUUUGUACUGGUACAUUGCUUGUGCUUGUCAUGUUGCUGCUUGUAAGAGCGAUGUGCACAUUUUUUGUAAACCCAUAUGUUAAGCUCUUUGUCUUUGAACGUAAUCCAACAUCUAACGAGUAGAGAGCAAAUAACAAAGUUUUGUUUCAUCUGUAAUAUUUCAUUAUUAUUGGAACUUCGUUCUGUGCCCAAAUCAUU